AUGAACUUUCUGUUUCUGCUCUUCUUAGUCUUCUUUGCACCGCUGAUUUUAUUCGCCGCAUGGCUGGCCGCCUCAUCCUGCCUAGGGAAUCGCUUUCGCGCUCGCUUCGGAGGGGUUUCGGUGCGCCCAGGGGUUGACUCUUACGGCCAGAGCUACCUCCGAACUAUGGCAAACUCCGGUCCUGCGAUGUCCGAGCAAAUCGAGCUCGAGGAUACGCUCGCCGAACCAGGAAUCUGGCGCCACUUUGAAGAGGAGGAUUGA